UGACACAGCAGUAUUUGGGGAGGCGCUGCCGACCCGCUGCUCCCAGAGAUGGCAGUAGAGCCGUAACUGACUGCGGGGCCUGUGCGGUGACCAGCGGCCCUGACGUUACUGAACCACGGAGUGCAGUGAAGCAGCGCAGAGCCGGGAAAAAAAGUGCAGCCAUGGGACACAGAGUAGGCUGAACAGGACGGCCUAGCUAGACACAUCUGUCGCUUCCCACUGUGGCGAAUGUCAUGGCCACGGCCUCAUCAAGAGCAGAGACUAGCCAUAACCACAGACGCACAUCCCAGCUCCAUGCCAUUGUGUCAUGUGCCAAACUCAAGAGAAAGAAAAGCGUUUUCGGCGCUGCCAUUUAUGUGGAGGUGACAGCAGAGGGAGAGACCCGGCGCACGACCAAAUCUCACAGCUCCUCCAACCCAAAAUGGGACGAGAGGCUCACUCUGACUGUAACGCCACACACGCAGGUGGAUUUCAAAGUAUGGAGCCACCACACCCUGAAAGCAGACGCUCUGCUGGGCAAAGCAACGCUGGAUCUCACUCAGGCACUGGAACAGCACGACAGAAAAUUGGAAAACGUGAAGGAGGUGCUGAAGCUGAACGGGGAGCAGAAGGGGGUUUCCAUGCCUGUUGGCGAGCUGACUGUGUACCUUGAUGGCCUGACUGUCUCUGAUCAGGAGGAGCUGGCACCGCUGACCAAUGGCAGCACAGCAAACGGCACCAAAGUCCAGCAGAAUGGUGACGCCAUUCAUGAAAACGGGGACUCUUCUUCCUCUUCUUCAAGGGCUGCUAACAGCACCAUGAAUGGAGCAGACCUGGGCCAGCGGUCCGGUUCCUGCUCAGCCUCCAGCGGUGCAGAUGGUCAGGUGCCUUCCAGUUCCUGCAGCCCUCCUCUCCAUCAUGUCCCCAGCCUGACUAAUGGAGAUGCAACAGCUAACUCCACCCCAGUACACCAACCUCCAGACAGAGACCCAGACGCCAGAAUGGUGAAUGGAAACUCCUCUGAGACUGUUCCCAGGCAAUCUUCAGCAUCUAGAAGGGAAGCACAGCCCUCUACAGGUGACAAUGAAGAGAGCGCUCUAGAUGCUUCCCUGCCAAAUGCUGAACCAUCCCCAGCCGCUUCCACACCUUCUCCAGCAUCGUCUGUCGCUGCUAAACCUGCCGAUGGCACCACUGCUGCUUCAACCACCUCAGCCUCUUCAACCCAGGGGGCUACCACCCUCACCGCAUCCUCAUCAUCGUCCUCUUCCUCCCCUGCACCAGGAGAAGCAAGUGCCUCAGGAGCUGGAGGCAGUAGCAGCAGCUCGACAACAACUGAUGGGGUGAAGCCCAGGCAACAGGCCCCUAAUGCUCCAGCAUCAGAUCCUCUUCCACCAGGGUGGGAGCAGAGAAAAGAUCCUCAUGGGAGAACCUACUAUGUAGACCACAACACCAGAACUACUACCUGGGAGAGGCCACAGCCAUUACCUACAGGAUGGGAACGUCGAGUGGACGAUCGGGGUCGGAUCUAUUAUGUUGACCACAACACCCGCACCACCACGUGGCAGCGCCCCACGAUGGAAUCUGUGCGCAACUUUGAGCAGUGGCAGAGCCAGCGCAGCCAGCUGCAGGGAGCUAUGCAUCAGUUCAACCAGAGAUACCUCUACUCUGCAUCUAUGAUGUCUGCUGAGAACGAUCCUCUUGGCCCUCUUCCUCCUGGUUGGGAGAGGCGUGUGGACUCUAAUGACAGAGUUUACUUUGUGAACCACAACACCAAGACGACACAGUGGGAAGACCCAAGAACCCAAGGUCUCUUGUCCCAUGAAGUGCUGAACCCCAUGUACUGUCUGUUUGAGUACGCCGGCAAGAGCAACUACUGUCUGCAGAUCAACCCGGCAUCGACCAUCAACCCAGAUCACCUCUCCUACUUCUGCUUCAUAGGCCGCUUCAUUGCAAUGGCCCUUUUCCAUGGGAAGUUCAUUGACACUGGCUUCUCUUUGCCUUUCUACAAACGAAUGUUGAACAAGAAGCUCAUCCUUAAAGACCUGGAGUCUAUUGACCCUGAGUUUUACAACUCACUCAUAUGGAUUAGGUAAGCUUAAUGUGUCCUCUAGCUUUGGUCAGUGUCAACAGGACUAAUGUUGUUUGACUAAAUAAUUAAAAAGCCAAAACUGAUGUCGGACAUCUUCAGGUGGGUGUCUUCGUCUUUCUGCUGAUGUUGGUCCCUUAUACAGGCGACAUUUUGUACAUGGUCUGAAGAACCGCUGGUCUUGAUGGUUAAACAUAAAUACUGUUCUCCGCAUCAUCGUCUGCCAUGGUUGUGGGGGGUUUUGCAGCUUCUUCAUAGCAAGACCCAGAAUAGUGUCCUUUAUCGGGUAUUAAUGGCGUUCAGUGUGAACGUAGCCUUAGUCUGUUGUCAGCCAGAUCAGAAAAUGCGGCUGCUCGCUCCACCUUUCACCUGCCAACAGUUCUCAGUGACUAUAGACCUGUUUCCCUGACAUCCCUCAUCAUGAAGGUCCUAGAGAGACUUCUGUUGGUUCACCUCAGCAAACAAGCAAGCAGCUAUCAGGACCCUGCAGUUUGCUUAUCGUCUUGGAGUUGAUGAUGUCAUCAUACACCUGCUUCAACAAACCUACUGUCAUUUAGACAAGGCAGACAUUACUGUGACGAUAAUGUUCUCUGUUUUUUACCACUGCUUUUAACACAAUUUAGCCUGACUUAACUUUGAGAGAACCUCCAGAAGACUCAGG